GCUAUCUGCCAUUUGGCUGGCGCUGCUAGAAUUAGGAUGAUACAGUAACAGUACUAUAUGUUGAUUCAUUGAUUCAUAUAAACCAAAAGACAAAAGUAAUUCUGAACUGAAGCGAAGAAACAAACACCUUAUCAUUUCAAUCCAAAGCCUCUUUGUUUGUUUCUAUAUAUCUCUCUCUCUCUGUAACUCUUCAAUCACUCACCUCAUUGCUUGCUUCUUUCUUUCGAAUCAAAUCUCUCUGCUACUGCUGCUGCUAUUUUAUAAUAUAAUGCCGUCUUGUGCUACCAUUGUCUCACCUCCUUCCUACGCCAUUCCCUUCUUCACCUCCACUUCUUCCACUUCUUCUCCCACCGCCAAAUUGCUCUCCAAACGGCGCUGGAACCCUCUAAUUCAAACCAAAACCAUGACUAGCUUGGGGAGCAAAGGGGCUGUCAGAGCUGGCGUUUCGAUUGAGAAAGAGACCCCAGAAGCGGAACGACCCGAAACCUUUCUCAGAGGUGGUGAUACUGCUGAGGCACUUUCUUCGUCUUCCUCGGUGAGGGCGCGCUUUGAGAAGAUGAUAAGGGAAGCUCAGGACAGCGUGUGUGAUGCUAUUGAGGCUGCUGACGGCGGGGCGAAGUUCAAGGAGGAUGUUUGGUCGAGGCCAGGUGGUGGCGGCGGCAUUAGCAGGGUUCUUCAAGAUGGUGCUGUUUGGGAGAAGGCUGGGGUUAAUGUCUCUGUUGUUUAUGGUGUCAUGCCUCCUGAUGCGUAUCGUGCUGCCAAAGGUGCUGCUGCAUCUCCUGAUGAGAAGCCUGGUCCUGUUCCCUUCUUUGCAGCUGGAAUCAGCUCAGUUUUGCAUCCCAAGAACCCAUUUGCCCCUACCAUGCAUUUCAACUAUCGCUAUUUUGAAACUGAUGCUCCUAAAGAUGCUCCUGGAGCACCUAAGCAGUGGUGGUUUGGUGGGGGAACUGACUUGACUCCUGCUUACAUUUUUGAGGAGGAUGUUAAACACUUCCAUUCAAUUCAAAAACAGGCUUGUGACAAGUUUGAUCCUACCUUCUACCCCCGAUUCAAGAAGUGGUGCGAUGAUUACUUUUAUAUCAAGCAUCGAGGUGAAAGGAGAGGGCUUGGAGGAAUAUUUUUUGAUGAUUUGAAUGACUAUGAUCAAGAGAUGCUUCUUUCCUUUGCUACUGAAUGUGCAAAUUCUGUUGUUCCUUCUUAUAUACCUAUUAUAGAGAAAAGGAAGGAUACACCCUUCACAGAUCAUCAGAAAGCAUGGCAGCAACUGCGAAGGGGACGAUACGUUGAAUUCAAUUUGGUGUAUGAUAGGGGUACAACAUUUGGACUAAAAACUGGAGGGAGAAUAGAGAGUAUUCUUGUUUCUCUCCCACUGACUUCUCGAUGGGAAUAUGAUCAUAAACCAGAAGAAGGGAGCGAAGAAUGGAAACUCUUAGAUGCGUGCAUUAACCCGAAAGAAUGGAUUUAAUUUAUCAGGUGUCCACCCAAUUUGCAUUUGCCAGCUUUUUAAUAAUAAGGGAGCUUGUUUAUUUUUUUCGGUGUAUAUCAAGUAAUUGUUUAGAUGAGUCACAACUGUUAGCUUCUACUAGGUGGAUUGUAAAUCACAAGUUUGCAAUUUUCAACUGUGUAAUGCUUGAAAUGAGGAGAAUGACAUUUCUAGACUGUUGUUUGUCCGCAAUGUGCUGUGCCAAGCGUUAUUUCGCAAGUACCUUCUUGUAUUACAAAACAAAAGCAGUUUUUUUCAAUCAAAUGUCCAUUUGUUCUGA